AUGUCGCGCUCCUUCUAUGUGGAUUCGCUCAUCAUCAAGGACUCGGCGGUGGUGCGGCCGGCGCCCCCCUUGCCGGAGCACCACCCGCCGCCCCCCGGGCAGGACUUCCUCCUCCCGCUGGGCGUGCCGUCGCCGCUGGUCAUGUCGGUGGCUGGCGGGCCCGCCUGCCCGUCGCGCAAGAGCGGCACCUUCUGCGUCUGCCCGCUGUGUGUCACCUCGCACCUGCACGCCUCUUCCCGGGCCGGUGCGGCGGGAGGAGCCGCGGGAGGCGCCGCUGCCGCUAUCCCGCUGCUCAAGGGACACUUCUCUCCGGCGGCGGCGGCUGCUGGCGGUGGAGCCGGCGGAGGGGAUGCCCAGUAUUGCCCUCGGAUGAGCCAUGCCCAGCAACAGUCCCUCCCGCAGCAGCAGCCCGGCUCGGUGGCCGCGGCGGCGGCAGCGGCGGCAGCAGCAGCAGCAGCGCACGCCCUGGGCCACCCACCUGUCUGCACGGCAGCCGCCUACAGCAUGAGCGACCCGCGGCGAUUCCACUGCCUCGGCAUGGGAGGCUCGGAUGCCAGCCAGCUGCAGAAUGGCAAGCGGAUGCGGACGGCCUUCACCAGCACGCAGCUCCUGGAGCUGGAGAGGGAGUUCUCUUCCAACAUGUACCUGUCCCGACUGCGGCGCAUCGAGAUCGCCACGUACCUCAACUUGUCCGAGAAGCAGGUGAAGAUCUGGUUCCAGAACCGGAGAGUGAAGCACAAGAAAGAAGCCAAAGGCACCCAGCGGAACACACACGGCGGCUGCAGCUGUACGGGCAACCCGGGCCGCUACCCCAGGUCGGAGGACGAAGAGUCGCUCUCGCCCGCCUCAGCUAACGAGGACAAAGAGGUCUCCCCUUUAUGAAAAAGGACUCUUGGGACUCGGAUCGCCCGUCUUGCCAGACCAUCCCAGGGCAGAGCCAACGCGGAGCCUGCGGGGUCAUCUGCAAAGAGGAGAAGGCGUCCGAGGGCUCUCUCCACAGGGCGGGUGCUAGAUUUGCUGAAUGUACAUGAAAGUUCACUUAAAACGCUAUUUAUGUAACACAAAGAUGCUACUCCGCCCCCCCCAUACACACCCACAAUCUGGAAUCAACACACAGUCCUCUAACAGUUUUUCAUCUAAGGGAGAAUCCUCUUCUUCCUCUCCCCUUCCCGCAAAUCUCAGUUUAUGGGCGGGGUGGACGAGUUCUUCAAGGGUUCUGGGAGAACGGUUAGAAACUGAAUCAUGAAAACAUUGCCUAAGGCUGCAAUCCUAUGCAAGCUUUCCUGAGAGUGAGCCCUCUUUAACACAGUGGGACUCCUGAGUAAAUAUGCACAGGCUUGCACUACUAGGUGUCUCUCCCUCUCCGUUUUUUGUACAUAUGUAUAUCCGAAUUAGAAUCGUUCGGAUGCUCUCCUUUGUAUGUGAAUAGUUUUAUAUUAAAUUUCUAUUUAUAUUUAUUUAAAUAAAGGAGAUCAGACAAGAA